ACUCCGACUACUAUUAGUUUUUUUUGUCACAGGACCCCGAGAAGCACGUUGACAUGUUUACGGUGCGGACAGACUACACGGCAUCGACCGGAACACGUACGGAUAAAUGAACCUCUGUCUAAACAGUGACCAGGUAACCACUUUCUGCACACUUGAGACAAACAUGGCAUGUUCACUGGUCGUCCCCGUUAUUGAUGUCCAGAAUAAUAAUUUCAAAGAGCUUUGGCCUGCUAUGGUGCUGGCCAUGAAGACGUCUUCAUUCAUUGCACUGGACACGGAGCUGAGUGGUCUUGGAAACAGGAAGUCCUUGCUGGCUGAAUCUAUAGAAGACCGGUACAAAGCCAUAUGCCAUGCAGCUCGAUCCCGCUCCAUCCUCUCUCUGGGAUUUGCCUGUUAUAAGAAACUGGACAACAAGGCUCCAGACACAUACCUGGUCCAGGUGUAUAACCUGACCCUGUUGUGUUCAGAGGAGUACAUCAUAGAGCCCCAGUCAGUCCAGUUCCUGGUGCAGCAUGGAUUUGACUUCAACAAGCAGUACGCUUCUGGAAUCCCCUAUUGCAAGGGCAAUGAUAAGGGAGGAUCAGACGACAGAGGAGUCCACAUCCGGGCCUUAUUCACUGAACUGCUGCGUGCUAAGAAACCUCUGGUGCUCCACAACGGCCUUAUCGACAUGGCCUUCCUUUACCAGAGCUUUUAUGCUCAUCUGCCCGAGCGCUUAGCCACCUUCACAGCUGACCUGUCUGAGAUGUUUCCUGCUGGCAUAUAUGACACUAAAUAUGUCACUGAAUUUGAACUCCGGCUCACUGCCUCCUAUCUGGAGUAUGCCUAUAAGAAAUGUAAGCUGGAUAACAGUCGCAGUAUGACCUCUAAAGGGACAGGGCCUCACGUUCAUCUAGAGUUCUGUCAGUAUGCCGGUCACAUGUCCAGCUAUGUGGACUACAGAUCGUGUCCAGUUGUAGCUUCUACAGAGGGACAGACUGACAUCUGCCAGCGCUUUUCUGCAUUUGGCUGGUGUCCAAAUGGUGCCCAGUGUCCAUUAUCCCAUGACACUGACCUGAUCAUCCUCCAGGAUGAGAAAGGCGGGGGGGAGAAGAGAAAAAAGAGGAAGAGACAGAGAGAUAAGAAGAAAGGUGGAGGCAAGGCAGCGGAGGAGUCUUCCGUCUUUGAGGGGGCCCCCGAAAAUAAAAGAUCCCACAUGGAGGUGGAUCUGGAAGAAACACCAGAUGACCAGCAAAAGGCUGAGUCAUGCUUAGAAAGUGGACUUCUAACAGACAAUGAUGGAAACACCCAACAGAAUGAAGGAGAAAAUAUGAAAACAGACAACGACGGGAACGGAGUGUGUGAAGACAGCACGGACUUCAGGAAAUCCUUCACAACUGAUGACGACACAAACGCAAAAAGAGACACAAAGAAUGGUGUAGAAAUGAGAGCAGAAGACGAGAAAGAAAAGUUGACUGACCACCAGUCUAAGAUUGAUGAUCAGAAGAAGAAGGCUGAUGCAGGAACGCACCGGGCCGGGUUUGAUGCCUUCAUGACAGGAUACAUCUUUGCGUGUGCCCUCACCAAAAAGGAUGGAGCGGGAAGUGAAGAGGAGAAGGACCACCAGAAGGAGAAAGAACAGUCGUGGCUUCCUACAUGUGUCAAUAAGGUCUACCUCAGUGGCAAGGCAGCUCCUCUUAAUGUGGUUAAAAGCACCUUCUCCAAAUCGUCCAAGGCCCAUGUGCACAAGAUGGAGAUAGUAUGGGGAGGGAGAGUGUAGCGUGCCUGCUUGCAUACAGCAGCUCAAUGAUAGCAUAUACAUGUGCACGCUGACAGUUUUUUGUGCAGCGUGGCUUCAUGGGUAAUACUGUCAGCCCACCAGUUUGGUUAAAACAGCUACUUGAUGAAUAGUUGUGACAUUUGUACAGACAUUCAUGGACGAUGAACACUGAUUUUGUUGAUCCCAAGAUUUUUCCUCUACCAUCAUCAUAAGGUUAAUUUUUAUUUUUUAGGCAACUAAGUUGACAACUAUUGGAUAUAUUGCUAUGAAACUUGGUAGAGUUUAUGUGCGCAGUCGAAGUGAAUGCAAAACAGGACAUUCGAGUCAACUGGAGCUGGACUUUGUGUUUAGUACUGAAUUUUAACAAGUCAGCACGUUAAAAUAAAAUCAGCUUCGUUGCUAUGCUGUCGUUAUCAGUUAAACCCACAUUUCAGUUGACUUUUAAAGAACAGGAGGGAAAAAAUGGUCAGUUUAUGCCAACAUGUCUGAUAGUGUAUACAAUCUCACCGAUCAAAAUAUUUUCAUCCAUGUUGCUGCUUCUUUCUCCUCCUGUAUUUUUUAUUUCUUUUGUGGAUUUUUGAUUUUACUUAUCAAAUUACAAAAAUAAACAUCAUGACAUCAGAGACUUGACAUAUGUAAAACAAACAAUGUGGAGCCAUCUGUUUUCAUUUAGUGAACUAGAUUAGAUACACAUUUCACAUUUUCUAACAUGACCUGUUUCUGAAGUUACCUUUGGAAAAUAAACAUAUUCUCUUA